CGUUGGACUCUCCGCCGGCGACCCCGGCGAGUCCACCACCACCAUCCAAGGAGUCGCUAGGUGAGCAGCGCUGCCGCUACCGCAACUGCUCCGCCUGCCGGCCAUUCAUGCGCAGUUACGCUCGCACACGGAGCCCUUGAUUGGCGAAGAGAUCGAACCCUUGGCCUGCCUCUUCCCCUUGUUUCGACGCGGCGGCGGCCGGCGAGCACAUCCUCCGGUAGCUAGCUUCGGCCAUGGCCGACGACGGCGGCGAACACCCGCCGCCCGCAAAGAAGAAGUCGCCCGCCGAGGAGGCGGCCGAGAAGAGGAGGAAGAAACUCACCCCUGGGAGCUUGAUGAAGGGGCUCAUACGGUCUGGGAGUGGAGAUGCUACCCCUGCGGAGGGCGAUCAGGUUAUAAUUCAUUGCACUACUCGGACAAUGGAUGGUACUGUUGUCAAUUCUACAAGAAGAGAGCAUGGAGGUAAAGGAAUCCCUCCCAGGUUUGUCUUAGGGAAGAGCAAGAUGAUCCUAGGUUUUGCUGAAGGCUUCCCAACUAUGCUGAAGGGUGAAAUUGCUAUGUUCAAAAUGCAACCAAAAGUUCACUAUGCCGAGGACGAUUGUCCACUUGCAGCUCCUGAUGGCUUUCCAAAAGAUGAUGAACUUCAAUUUGAGAUUGAAAUGUUGGAUUUUUUUAAAGCCAAGGUUGUGGCUGAGGAUUUAGGGGUUGUAAAGAAGAUAAUUGAUGAAGGCAAGGGAUGGGAAACACCUAGAGAGCCAUAUGAAAUAACAGCACGGAUAACUGCAAGAACAGCAGAUGGAAAAGAAAUUAUUCCCAGUAAAGAAGAGGCAUAUUUCUUUACUAUUGGUAAAUCUGAGGUACCUAAAGGACUUGAGAUGGGUAUUGGAACAAUGGCACGCAAGGAAAAGGCGACUAUUUUUGUUAGCAGUACCUAUUUGACAAAGUCCUCACUGAUGCCACAGCUUGAAGGCCUUGAAGAAGUUCAUUUUGAUGUUGAACUGAUUCAGUUUAUUCAGGUGAGGGACAUGCUUGGCGAUGGUCGCCUCAUAAAACGACGUGUAGUUGAUGGAAAAGGUGAAUUUCCAAUGGACUGCCCUCUUCACGAUAGCUUAUUAAGAGUGCAUUAUAAGGGUAUGCUCCUUGAUGAAUCAAAAUCGGUAUUUUAUGAUACACGAGUUGAUAAUGAUGGUGAACCAUUGGAGUUCUGUUCCGGAGAAGGCUUGGUUCCUGAAGGAUUUGAAAUGUGUGUUCGACUAAUGCUUCCUGGUGAAAAAUCUAUUGUCACCUGCCCUCCAGAUUUCGCAUAUGAUAAGUUCCCAAGGCCAGCAAAUGUUCCUGAAGGAGCUACUGUUCAGUGGGAAAUCGAAUUACUUGGAUUUGAAAUGCCCAAGGAUUGGACUGGCUUGACCUUCAACGAAAUCAUGGAUGAGGCAGACAAAAUAAAGAACACGGGUAACAGACUGUUUAAAGAAGGAAAGUUCGAUCUUGCAAAGGCAAAAUAUGAUAAGGUGCUUAGGGAGUAUAACCACGUGCAUCCCCAUGAUGAUGAAGAGGGCAAAAUCUUUGCCAAUUCAAGAAGUUCUCUACAUCUAAAUGUUGCUGCUUGCUACCAGAAGAUGGGCGAAUACAGAAAAUCCAUUGAAACAUGCAAUAAGGUUCUGGAAGCAAAUCCUGUGCAUGUGAAAGCUCUUUAUCGGCGAGGAACGUCCUACAUGUUACUUGGGGAAUUCAAUGACGCAAGGAAUGAUUUUGAGAAGAUGAUUACCAUCGACAAGUCAUCAGAGCCAGAUGCUACAGCUGCUCUUCUUAAACUUAAACAAAAGGAACAGGAAUCUGAAAAGAAGGCGAGGAAGCAGUUCAGAGGGCUCUUCGACAAGAAGCCUGGAGAGAUAUCGGAAGUUGGUGCAGAAUCAGAGGGUGGAAAGGACUGGGACGACGCGAAAAGCUCUGGUGAGGCAACAAGCUCUGAAAGAGAUGCAGACACAAAGGGCAGUCCGAGCGGAGAAUCAGAGUAUGCCUUCGAGGAAGAGAGGCCAGGACUGGUUGGCCGCGUGUGGCCUUCUGCGAGGAGGAUCUUCUCGUCUCUUGGCCUCAACAGGUGCACGAUACUCUGAGGUUCCAGGAUCAUAGCGGUGAAGGGGGACCGUUUCGAGCUCUCUGACAUUUGGUUUACUCGGCCAUGAAAAAGCUGUUACGAAAACCUUAAAAAAAAGGUUGUUUCGAAAAGUUUGGAUGUAUGGAGGAAAAUGAACCAUGUGUAAAAUGCAACCAGUGAUGUAAAUGAGAAGAAAUGAGGAAUUACCGGCCGUUCUACAAGAUUAGGAAAAAUUGGUCUCAGUUUUGGUGGUGCA